AUCCUCAUCGGGCUUAUGAUGGUAUGGAAACACCCCCGGGCCCUUGCCUACGGAACAGCAGUUUCUCCGCCCCGCUGUGGAGCCGACGUCCAUUUUGCUAACCCCCGUCGCAGGUCGGACUUGCAUGGUUCAUGGGCGCCCACAUGGACAAAUUUUUCCUCCGCCUCGACGAAAUCCUCGGCGACAGCAUGCGGAAGCCGACGGCGACUCCCAUCCUGGGCCGCGACGAGCUCUGAGAUGGCGAAGACUAUUUACUGACGGGACAGGUUCGGGGGCGAAACGAGAUGUUUGGGUUCACGUUUCUAUAUACCUUUUCCUAAUGACACAUACCCUUCGAUACCGGUGGUCAUGUACACACAACGAUUCCUACGAGCGAGCUGGCGGUUGGCGCGGGAUCUGGCGCGUGAAUGGGGAUCUGGGCUGGGAAAGCGAGCAUCUAAUACUGACAUAAUACACGCGUGCCUUUUUUGGUCUCUUGUUUCCAGCAUCCCCCCUUCUUCCCGUUCGGCGUUUACUGACCCUCAGCUAACCGGCUUGGUUGGCUGCUGCUUGGCUAUCAUGUCCAAGACCAAGGAAGACAAAGCACGGAUGUCAAAUUGCAAUUCAGCCGCACGUUUCUCCCUCUCGGGGGCUGAUCGGGCUCGAUGGCUGUGGUUGUGCCGAAGAUGUGCUGAUAUGAAACCCCUUUUGCAAGUAGCCUGGAAUCCGGGCACGCCCUCGGCCGGGUCUGUCUUCCCUUUCUUCUUGAUGGGACGGCCUGCUGGGGGUGGACUGCGGACAUGUCAUGUCAUUUUCAUCCUCUGCUACAAGAGAGUCAGGUAGGUAUCGUGUUUGUUGUGUCGCGGGCGGUUUGGUUGGUCAAUUGGUGAGACGCGCUUGUUUGGGCUUUCUUUGCUUGCUUGCGUGUCUGCAGGGCCCGGGAUAAACACUUACCUUACCUAGGGAGCUACGUUUUGGAAUACUACCAGUAACUAUCUUCUGUGA